GACCCCCGGUGGAGGCCGGCGGAGCGGCACUGCCGGCUUCAAGUCACUGAUCCCAUCUCCAAGGUCCUGCCAGCCUAAUGGAGCCAAUGAAGAAGCCCUGCGGUGUGAAAUUGAAGAGCUGAAACAGAAAGACCUCGCUUUAGACCAGGAAAUUGCACAAUUAUUGUCCGAAGGCUACAGCCUGGAGGAACUGGAGAAGCACAUCUCUCUGCUCCAUGAGUACAAUGAUAUUAAAGAUGCCGGGCAGAUGCUGCUGGGCAAGCUGGGUAAGGAAGGGGAAAGCUGUUGA